AGCCGUUCGUUGUCUCAAAUACAACACUUCGAUACUUCAUGUUUCUCUACGCCCUUCGGAGCCGCUGAAUCCCUCGCCAUUGGCUUCGUCCAUGCCAGUGACUUUUCCGUGGAGGAUCCUGACGACCGGCAGCUUCUGGAUUUUGCGCGCAGCUGCCGACCAUGAAAGCCUCUGCAAUGGGGAUAUGGUGGGAGACAAGGACAACACGAUGCUUUGCGACGAGCAAGACGUGAAGACGUGCUCCCAGUUUUACACCUUGGCAGGAGGCGACACCUACCUGCAGUGCGGCUUGUCCGGCCAGUACUGCCUCAACAUGGGCCCUUUGUGCAAAAAGGCCUCCUACGGCACGGUGGAAAUCCAGGGCCGAGUCUACGAGAAGUUCUGGUGGUACAAGAAGGGCACGCCCUGGCCGGUUGGCAAGACGGACGUUCUGGGGGAGGAGUUCGGCACCUGCGAGGACGAGGACGAGGUGUGUUUCCAGCGCCUGCCGAGCAAACUCACGGAGAACGGGCUCUUCCUCUUGGCCAUCGAUGACUUGAACAACCAGCUGGAGUGGCACUUCGAUCCCGACAAUCCCGUGGCGCACGCAGCCUUCAAUGCCAUGAAGCACGGCACCACCAGCCACUUCGUGAACGGUGCCGGGUGGGAUCCCCGGAUCCUGCGGGGCUCCAAGACCGCGAACGGGCAAGACACCUUCAUGUACCGGGACCAGAACGGCAUCCGGUCCCUGAUGCUGGACGACGACGGCUGCGACUGCCACUCCACGCUGUCCAUGGGCCAUGCCAUGUGCGGGGACUCGUGCAACGACCACUACGGAAAGUGCAAGAUCCUUGGAGGGGUUGACAAGCUCUCGGACCGCGCGGAGACGGGGGGCGAGGGCUCGGGCAAGGUGUGCACUGGCCCGGCCACGGACCACGGCCUCACCUUGUACUACUACCACAUGGAGCCCAUCCCCACUUGUGGGGGCACCGCCGAGGGCGCCGAUUGCCGCUUCCCCUUCUAUUUCAAGGGCAAGCAGUACUUCGAGUGCACCGAGGUGGAGUCCGCUGGGAAGCCCUGGUGCUACACGCAGAACGGCAAGAAGAAGUGGGGCUUCUGCAAAUGCAACGAGGCGGAGCGGAAGUGCCACACCUUUGUGAACUGGCGGAAGCGGUGGCUCGGGAGCCAGGUGGAGAUCACUAUGGGCAACGUGGCCUACGGCUCCUACGUGGGCUCAUGGCAGAAGUGCUUGCUGCUGUGCGAGCGCGCCAAGGAGUGCAAGCAAGUGGUCUUCUACAACGGGCACUGCUACGGCAUGAACGCCCGCUCCGACGAGGACCAGGACGCGCGCGGUGGGAAGAACGUCGGCUUCAUCUCGGCGCACUGCUACGAGGAGGGAGACUUUGCGCUGGUGCCGAACAAGGUCUGCAAGGGCAAGCCGUACACGUUUGACAAGAAGUCGAAGUGCGACGGGUGGGGAGGUCUGACAAUAGAGCAGUGCCAGCAGAAGUGCGCGGACAACGAGCAGGCGCUGCAUUGCCCGCCCCGGGCCUGCAAGGGCGCGGUCUUCUACCGGAAGACGGGGUGGUGCCACCUCUACGAGCAGUGCACGGAGCUGGAGGACCGUCCCUCGGCCACCGCCAUCAUCGAGAAGAUCGAGCACGACUGUUCCAACGCGGUGCAAGAUAUCGGCGAGCGCCAGCGCACAUACUCCUCGGUCUGGAACAACAACGAGCCUGGCCAAGGCCACGCCAGAUCCAUGAUGGGCUCUCUUCUAGCCUGGUGUUCCCGAACGAAUGUCGACGGAUCCUGGAUGCAGAUCGACCUAGGCAUCGUGGCCUCGGUGACCGGCGUGGUGACGAAAGGUCGGGUCGACCGAGGGCAGUGGGUCACGGCCUACUCGGUGCAGACCUCCACCGAUGGCAAGCGCUUCAUCGACGCCCCUGGAGGCACCGGGGGCAACCUCGACCAGCACUCGGAGAACGAGGUGUACUUUACCUUCCCCGUGGAAGCGCGCUACGUGCGGAUCGUCGCCCACGCCUGGCACAGCCACAUCUCCAUGAGGGCCUCAGUGAUCCUUUGCCAGGCAGUCGCCACUUGCGAGAUCAGGGUGGACGACGACGUCACGGCGGUGUAUUACGACGGCAAGGACGUGUCCAAGUCUGUGCAGGGCAGCCUCUCAGGCUAUCGCUCGGUGCGGCGCCUGACCUUCCAGCUAGUACCAGGGGCGGUGCUGGCAGUGGGUGCCUACGAUGCACAGAAAAACCUGGGAUACCGAGGCGGCUUUUGGGCGGACUGCCCGGGCUUUAUGUCCAAGGACAACCUCCCGCAGCCUUGGGAGCAGUACUGCACCGACGGGAAGGCGGACAAGGAGCACCUCUCCGGGGCCGGCAGUGGCUGGAAGGCCUCUUACUUCGCAGCCAGCAUCUUCUUUUUGCCGCCGGGCGUCCUUGGCGAGUUGAAGAAGGGGCACUGCGUCUACCGCGCCACGCCACUGAAGAAGGAGGCCGAGCGUGGGGAGGUGCGGUGCCACGCUUUCGCCACCCACCACGAUGCCAAGAAUUGGGCGCGGAAGUGCCACGCUGUGCCCUCGGGCACGCAGUAUGUCAAGCUGGUGAUGGGCGAAGUCACUGACUACUUCAAGCCCAGCGUAGGCUACAGCUUCUGUGACAUGCUGACGUCGUACGACAAGCACCUCUUCAGCAAUGAUGCGGAGAACUGGGCUAAGCCAGAGUACUAUCCCCACCACAACCACGACGGGGGUUCCUUGUGGUGGUGGCCCAAGCAGACCCAAUCGCGGCACGGGGACGAGCGCAAGUACCUCAGCUUCUGGGGUUCGUCCUGGCCCGGCACUACUUGGGGCUGCUGCCACUACGCCUACAACGACGCCGUCCACUGGGGCAGGAUCUUCACGAUGUCCUACUGCGGGGUGAACCUCAAGCCGGCCUUCGAAUGCACGGACUAUCCCACGAGCAGCGGAUCUGCGCAGCAGAGGUGCGAGGCCGGCAACACUCUGAAGGAUGGCUUCGAGUAUGUGUACAACACGGGGCGGUACAAGGCCUACUCCGAGUGCAGCUCCCGGGACUGCUGGUGCUGCCGCCGCUCCACGGCGGUUCGCAAGGACUGAGAUGCCUGGGGCCUAAGGUCGCAGGGAGCGACUGCAGGGAGCGACUCUGAGUGCCAGUUGCAUAGGUGCAAAGGUCGUCUGUGCCAGGG